AUGGAACGCAACACGACAUCUUUAAGUCACUCUAAUGACACAAACACGAUGAGCUUAUGGGAGGUUAUCCCUAUCGCCACAGUCAGUGCUGUCGUUAGCCUGGUCACAAUUGUGGGAAAUAUCCUGGUUAUGGUUUCCUUCAAAGUAAACAGUCAGCUAAAGACGGUGAACAAUUACUACCUGCUGAGCCUGGCCUGCGCUGACCUUAUCAUUGGCAUCUUCUCAAUGAACCUUUACACUUCCUAUAUCAUAAUUGGAUCCUGGUCUCUGGGAAGCCUGGCCUGCGACCUGUGGCUCGCUCUGGAUUACGUGGCCAGUAAUGCCUCGGUAAUGAACCUGCUAGUAAUUAGCUUUGACAGGUACUUUUCCAUCACAAGACCCUUAACCUACAGAGCUAAGCGUACACCUAAGAGGGCUGGAAUCAUGAUAGGGUUGGCCUGGUUUAUCUCUUUCAUUCUGUGGGCUCCAGCCAUCUUGUGUUGGCAAUACUUUGUGGGGGAGCGCACAGUGCCCCCAGAUGAAUGCCAGAUCCAGUUUCUGUAUGAGCCUAUAAUUACCUUUGGGACAGCCAUUGCCGCUUUCUACAUCCCUGUUUCGGUGAUGACUAUUUUAUACUGUCGCAUAUACAAGGAGACAGAAAAGCGCACUAAAGAUCUGGCAGAGCUGCAAGGCUCAGAGUCUGUCGCUGAUUUUGAAAUGAUGAGGCCACAAGGUGCCCUUCUGAAGUCCUGCUUUAGCUGCAAGCAGCAGACACUAACCAAGCGAGAGAGGUGCCAAGCAUCAUGGUCUUCAUCUAGUCGCAGCACCUCUGCCACCGUCAAGAUAUCUCAGAGUCCAAACAUCUGUAGCGAAUGGGUCAAAGAGGACCAGCUCACUACGUGCAGCAGUUACCCAUCUUCGGAUGAUGAAGACAAGCAAGUCAAGGAAGCGGUCUUCCAGGGUGUGUACCAGAACCAGACUGCUACAGAAAAGGAGGAAGAAACCAAGCAGAUCCUUACUAAAGAGCAACCAGCGACAAAGGAUUAUGACAGCGAGCGGUUCUUCUUGACUCCUGGUAAAGGUCACUCACAAAAGAGUCAGAAGUGUGUCUCCUAUAAGUUUAGAAUUGUGGUGAAUGAUGAUGGCUCCCAGGAGGUCAACAAUGGGUGUCGGAAAGUAAAAAUUACCCCCUGUUCCUCUAUGUCCAAGGGCAAUUCCUUAAGGAGCAUGGACCACAACAUCAGUAAUCAUAUCACCAAACGCAAGAGAAUGGUUCUUAUCAAAGAACGCAAAGCAGCACAGACAUUAAGUGCCAUUCUCUUAGCUUUUAUCAUCACAUGGACACCUUAUAACAUCAUGGUCCUGGUUUCUACAUUCUGUUCAGACUGCAUCCCCUCCUCAAUCUGGCACCUGGGUUACUGGUUGUGCUAUGUUAACAGCACCGUCAAUCCAAUCUGCUACGCUCUGUGCAACAAAACCUUCCGCAAGACAUUCAAAAUGCUGCUGCUAUGCCGCUGGAGGAAAAAAAGCGUAGAGGAGAAACUGUACUGGUAUGGACAGCACCCCCCCAGCCACAAUAAGCUGCCCUGAAAAAAAAGAGAAAAACGGGAGCAAUUGCUUUAUGGCAAAGAGGGAAACAGAUUUGUCGUGAAGCUGAGCUGAGGACAGGAAGUCGGCUCAAUGAAUCGGCGCUGUAUGUUUUCCUGGCAAGAGAUGCUCAGUGUUUUCUGCCAAUCGUAUCUGUAUGUGGUCAGCACUGUGUCUUUCUAUGUGGUAAAUGGUGCAAACCGAACACCCCACGAUAACAGUCACUGCCCAACCAAGGCAUGUGGCAUCCCUCUUUAAGCAAUGCAGGUUCACCCAUGCCUUGUUGUGUCCUAGUUUUGAAGCGGAGAGCUGCUGCUUGCUUAUGGGUCUGGGUGAAUAACAACAAGUUUGCACUACAACCGGAACGGAGCUUCUGUUUGAUAGUUAGGAGCCUAUUAAUUGUGAUCACGUUACAGUGCGGGCAUUUGGGAUCAGUCCUUGUGAGUGCUAUACAUGAUAUGCUGCUUUUUGUUCUGAUGGCUUAUUAAUAUUUGAUGUUGUGCCAUCCAACAUUGGCCAAAAUGUGCUAAUUAUGCUCUUCAAAAAAGUGUUCAGAUGACCAUCUGUGGGAAGAUGUCAAAUGUGGUGUGGUUUAGAACAUAAUUUUAUAAAAUAUAAAAAGCGUGCAAGCAAAAAAUGUAAUUAUAUUAAUGAACAUUUUACAGUCUUAUUGUACGGUGGGACGUGACAAUUUAGUAACUGUCCAGUUAUACUCAUGUAAAGUUGUUCUGCUGUUCUUUAUUAUGAUUCCGUGUAUACUGCGCACUUCUUUCUCUGUCCACGAUGAGGACAUUCAUUGAAAACUGCUGCCAAAAGAAGGAAACCAAUGGUUGACAAUUUAAUGGUCAGUGACAACGGAUGGCAUUGUCUGUGACAAAAUAAUACGGGACGGACGAUGUGCAAUAGAUUAAAGGGCCUCUAAUCGCUGUGUGAGAAGGAUCAGAGGUGUGAAUGUUCUAAACUGCACUUAAAAGAUUUGUAACACGUUAUCAUUAAAGUGAAACUGUCACCAUCAGAAUGUGAAGGACAGAUGUUAAGAGCAUUAUAUAAUCUAUGAGACGUAAGGCUACUUGGAAAACAA